ACCUCUCGACAGAAUUGUAAUACAACGGGAUCUCCACUUCUGUCUAAUUUCUGUAACCUUGUUUACCUGAGUAUGCAGGUAGAAAUUAUCACUUUCAGCAGUAGCUGGAAGAUAAAGAAUAGUCUCUAACGGAGUUUCGCCAAGUCGGUUGGCGACAACCGGAGAUAUUUACGGUUUUUCCAUCAAAGCGGAAACGGUUAUCGAAUCCCCCGUAUCCUGAUGAUGUCGCUUAUGUAAUUACUCAUCGCAUCGUACGAAUGAACUUUGAAAUUGCGAUACCUUGAGCUAUUUUCAAGUUAUUGAAAUCAGAUUCGUCAGGAUGGAAAGUAAAACGGGUUCAAAGUGCUUUCACACAGUGAAUAAGGAUUAUCGAUGAACUUGUGGUGUUUUAUUUUCAGCACAAGACCGACCGUACGUCCCAUGAUCGUCGAAAUAAUUACAUGUUUGUGCUGAUUCACAUUGGAGAGGGAAGAUGUCUAAGAACCAACAGGAAAACGACGCCGUCGCCACCAAUUCCUACACCGAGCCCAGCCUCUCGAUCUACGUGGAUCGUCCGGUGUACCAACAGGAGGACCUCAACAGGGACACCCUGUACGCCAAACCGACCAGGGUGGAAGUCGCAGAUAAGAUCCACAAGUGUUGCAAAGUUAAGCCGGUGAAAUGCCUCAGGAAAACUUUUCCCAUCUUGAAAUGGUUGCCGAAUUACGAGUGGAAAAAAUGGCUUUUCGGAGACGUUGUGGCGGGUUUCACCAUCACGGUGAUGCAGAUACCACAGGGUAUGGGUUAUGGUAUGUUGGGUGGUAUACCCCCCAUUUGCGGCAUAUACAUGGCCUUCUUCCCGGUCUUAAUGUACGCCAUUUUCGGCACAUCUAGGCACCUGUCAACUGGUACCUUCGCCAUCAUUUGCCUGAUGACUGGGAAGAUAGUGUCCCAAUACGGAACCCACGAGAUCCUCCAGAAUGGGACAGUGAUAGAACACGAAGAAUUAAGCGCCAUGAGCGGUGGUCACGUCCGUACCAACAUACAGGUCGCUAUCACUGUAACUUUCGUCGUCGCCUGCAUACAGAUAGUUAUGUUCUGCCUGAGGCUUGGUAUAAUAACCACCAUGUUCUCCGACACCCUGAUCAAGGGUCUAACUUGCGCGACAAGUUGUCACGUGGUCGUUUCCCAACUGAAGGAAAUCCUAGGGCUUAAGUUGCACAAGAGGAGAGGAUAUUUCAGUUUGCCAUUGACUUUGUACGAUGUGGGUGCCAACAUAAAAAAUGCCCAUGGGCCUUCUGUGAUAAUUUCAGCUGUGACUCUAAUGGUGAUACUAGCUAAUAAUUAUGGAUUGAAGAGAGUCAUGGCGAAGAGGACAAAAAUCCCUUUUCCGAUAGAAAUAUUCGUUGUAAUUAUGGGAACCACUUUUAGUUACUUCUGUAGGGAUACCUUCGAGGUAUUGAAUAACAUACAGAUCAUUGGAAAUAUUCCGACAGGGUUUCCCCUGAUACAAUUUCCAGACUUCACCCUCAUUCCGGACAUAUUCCUGGAGUGUCUAACGAUAGCCAUAGUAUCGUAUGCCAUCACCAUGUCGAUGGCGAUAUUAUUCGCCAGAAAAUGUUUCUACGAAGUUGAUGCCAACCAAGAGUUGCUCGCAUUAGGUAUGGGUAAUGCCUUUGGAUCUUUGUUUUCCUGCAUGCCCACUUGUGCAUCGGUGAGUAGAUCGUUGAUACAGCAGUCAGUUGGCGGUAGUACCCAACUCACAUCACUGAUCUCCUGUUCUUUGCUCUUAUCAGUUUUGCUCUACCUAGGACCGGCUUUCGAAUCACUACCAAAGUGUUGCCUGGGUACUCUAAUCGCAGCAGCAAUCUGGCCAGCGGUCAUGCAGUUCACACUCAUACUGAAAUAUUGGAAAUUGAGUAAAUGGGACGCUCUGGUUUUUCUUGCGGCUUACCUCUUGACUCUACUCUUAGACAUAGGUCUAGCUCUUGCCGUCGGUGUUAUUAUAUCAUUAUUCGGCAUCAUCUUGCAAAGUUACAGGCCGUACAGUUGUCUCCUUGGUAACGUCCCAAACACCGAUCUUUACUUGGAUUUGGAGAGAUACAAAGCUGUGCAAGAGAUACCGGGCAUAAAAAUAUUCCAUUUUUCCGGCAUAUUGAACUUUUCAUCUAGGCAAGUUUUUAUGAAAACAUUCGGUCAGAAGCUGGGUUUUAAUCCAUCGAAAAUUUUGAGGAGAAGGAAAUAUGCAGAGGAGCAUAAUCUGCCGUUUGAAUUUGAAAGCUUGAUGAUGAAAUAUAUAAUCAUGGAUUUCUCUUCAAUUACGUCUAUUGACCCUGCUGGUAUAGAUAUGAUGAGGACUUUAGCUAGAGAUUUAGAUCAAUUGGGCAUAUAUCUCUACAUUGCAGGUUGUUCAGGUCCGGUGUUUGAGAAAAUAGCAAAGUGUGAUGCAAUAGAACAGGUUUAUAGCGUUUUUAAACUGUUUCCCACGAUACAUGAUGCAGUUGUAUAUGCGCAAGGGAUAGAGAAACAUAUGAACUUGAAAGAUGUCCAUUAACAUCACAAUCGUAACCAACUCAGGGAGAGCAACAGACAAUCAUCGUCUUCCAAGCUGAAUUGACAAUAAACAAAGGAAACGUUCAAUGUGUACUUGGUUGAUUCUGGGAAAUCGAGUACAUUCACAUGACCAUGAAGUAAAGUUAAAAAUAUAUAUUGUUUUGUCGUAUAAUGUACAUUAUGCUUGAUACUAGUUGUAAGUUGAAAAAUAAAUAAAUAUUAUAUAAAACUAACAA